UUUUCUUAUACGCGUAUGACAGCAGAAUUAUACAAGGUUUUAUUUGAUUAUGAGACUGAUAAGGACGAUGAGCUUGCAGUUAAGGAAGGCGAUACCAUUCGUGUGACUAGCAAAGACAGUCCAGAAUGGUGGUUUGCAGAAACAUUGGAUUCAAAUGCAUCAGGUUUAGUACCAAGCAAUUUUAUCGAGAAAAUGAAGACAGAAGAAGGGCAUUUGGCCAUUGUGAUUCAAGACUAUACAGCUCAAUCUUCAGAUGAAUUAUCACUUCAGUCGAAUGGGAUCGUGACUGUUUUGGAUACACAUGCAGCUGAAGGUUGGUGGAAAGGUGAUUUAAAUGGUAAGAAAGGUGUAUUUCCAGCCAGUCAUGUUCAAUUACUAGAGGAAGAAGAGGAUGGAAAAUCAAAAAAUAAUUUCAAAUUGGCUGCUUAUGGUGUUAAACAAGGUGGUAUUGGUAGUAUUUUAGCAGGUGGAUUAUCUUUGAAGAGAUCAUCUACCGUGGGUGGUCAUCGUACUUCUAUGAAUGAGAAACGUACUUCACAAGCAUCUGAAUCUCAGGUGCCAAUGAAACCUCAUCCUAUUAAAAUGGAUAGCACGACGCCAGCCUCUAGUGUCAAAGCUCUUUCUUGUUUAAAAGCCAUGGUCAUCCAUGACUAUAAACCUGAAAAUCAAGACGAGAUUCAAUUAAUGCGAGGAGAAUACGUGACGGUGAUAGACAAGAUGGAAAAUGAUGGAUGGUGGAAAGGCACCAGUGAAAAUGGUGCCACAGGCAUCUUCCCUUCGAAUUUCGUACAAGUCGUGGACGAUGAGAAACCUACACGACCUGUGCGUGCCAGACCAGCCACGGUCAAGACAGAAACAAACGACAGUAUGGCUAAACCACCUCCUGUCCCUGUAGGCACAAGACCUAUGUCUUUACUCACGCAACGUGAUACCAUAUCUCCUCCUUCGCGACCCACCACUUUGCCUCCUCGCCCCAACAUCACAUCAUCCACACGUCGUCCGUCUGAAAAAAACGGUCAUAAGCGGAUUCCUUCUAUCCCUCUCGUGUCACCUGACUUACCUCCUUUGUCUCCUAUCUAUGAUCAACGACCUACACGGCCUAUACCUCGUCCUACUUCGAUGGAUGCACCCACAAGUCCACCUCCUGCAAGACCUUUACCUAGCAUGAGCCCUGAAGCGCAUAUGGCUAAACCCCCAAAAGUCAACUUGGCCAAUUUAGCAGGACCGGUGGCUCCACCUCGAUCACCAUCCACAAGCCGGCCUUGCUCUCUUAACCAUGAGGCAGUACCGCCUGUGCCUAAACGAUCCAUGCCACCCGUACCUGAAAACAAACCGACAGAGACGCCACACAAUGACACCCAACCAUCCCUACCGGAUAAUGUUCGACAGAUGAUCUUGAUCGAAACAGAGAAAAUCCGUGUUGAAUUUGAAGCUAAAUUAGAAGAAGAACGUAUUCAACGCAUGAAACUUCAGACUGAACUUGAAGAAUUAAGAGCAAGAUUAAAUUAAAAUAAAAAUGAGUGUAUUUUAAGUCAUGGCUUUACACAAACAAGAGGAGGAGGAUGACCAGCUUGGGUUGGUAGGAAGGAAACAAAAGGAUAUUUUAGCUAAUCAUGAAACUUUUUCUGUAAUCAG